GCAUGCGUUAUUUUGCUGUGGUAGUGCUCUCUCACCGUGCUGGACGCUUAAAAGGCGAAGUGACUGUGUUAAAAUUAUAUAUUUUUGUAGCUAGGCUUUUAUAGGGAUUAUAGAGCAUAAUGUUUUUACCCUCUGCGAUGGGGUUUCGGUGGGAACCGAAGGUUUGGUCGCGUGUGUAAAAAGAGGAGAUGGGACAUGCGCAGUACAGAGAUUCUGAGAGGAGCGGUUCGCCCUGGAUGCACGCGUGCCCUGCAGGACUGGUUCAUGGUGCGCCUGAGCGUGUCGGCUGGGGAGAGGGAGCAGUGUGUUUGAGAGCCGAGGCCUCUGCGCGUGCGUCAGCCGUCGACACUCCGUCUUCUGAAGAGUGUUCCAAAGACUCAGAUUCCUGAAACCCACCAGUCCCCACGCCCAGUGUCAUAGAGACUCAGAGUUUCAGAAACUCAGACCCUUGAACUAAAGGAGCCAAGAGACCGGGGACUCGAGAGGCAGCUCUCACCAACCAGCACAUCUGUCAUAUUGAACCUCUUGGAUCCAGACAUAGGGUCUCUGUUCUUUGUGAUCAGCCCCCCCUGCCCUGCCCCCCGCCAGAGAUGCAGUCAGCGCUUAACUCUGAAUCAGCACCGCGGACAGCACACACCCCUCCUCCCUUUCCAACCCAGGAGCCAGAGCACGUCCUGGGCAGAGGCCCCAUCCCUGCUGGGGUAGAGGUGGGGUUGGUCACAAACAGAUCACAGAACUUGGUAGCUGGUGGAGGAUUCCCAGCACAGUGGUAAAGUGAGAACGUAACACCUGCGAGCCCAAGAUUAUCUGCAGAACUCACAUCCCUUGUGACUGCCUGAGAGCCCUUACUUGGCCUGUACCUCUCUGAGAACUCCCUUUCCAGUCCAGAAGAGCUAGAACUCCACCCAUCCCUGGCCUUUGCUGCCCUCAUCACAGGCACUUUCGCUAUGGCAUUGGAUUGCCAGGUAACCUGCCUUCCAACCGGAUGUUACUUUCCUCAGAGACAAGGGCUGGAUCUUUACUAGAAACCUGAAGGCACAGUGUAGACGACUGGUGAAUGAAUGAAAUUUCCUCUCUCACCUCACGGCUAUGAGGAAAGCAUUUGUGAAGACACAGCAGGAAGGUGGCUAUCUGCAAGCCAAGAAGUGAGCUCUCACCAGGAACCAAUCUGUGGACAGUGUCAUCUGGGACUUCCCAGCCUCCAGAACUGUGAGAAAUAUGUCUUUGUGGUCCCUGGCUCAGGACUGGAGCUACCGGCUGGACGUGCAGGAGACCGUGACGGUGCAGGAGGGCCUGUGUGUCUGCGUGCCCUGCUCCUUCUCCUAUCCCGAGAAGGACUGGUUUGCGCCUGUUCACGGCUACUGGUUCCGCGAAGGGGCCAAUACGGACCAGGACCCUCCAGUGACCACAAACAACCAAGUUCGUGAAGUGCAGGAGGAGACCCGGGGCCGAUUCCACCUCCUUGGGGAUCUUCUGAACAGGAACUGCUCCCUGGGCAUCAGAGACGCCAGGAGGAGUGACAAUGGCUCUUACUUUUUUCGGGUGGAAAGAGGAAAUACAAAAUGGAAUUACAAGUCUAAGCAGCUCUCCGUGCACGUGACAGCCCUGACCCAGGCGCCCUACAUCCUCAUGCCCGAGACCCUGGAGUCCGGCCGCCCCAGGCGCCUGACCUGCUCUGUGCCCUGGGCCUGUGAGCGGGGCACGCCCCCCGUCUUCUCCUGGGCCUCAGCUGCCCUCCCCGCCCUGGGCCCCAGGACCCCCCUCUCCUCCGUGGUCACCCUGACCCCACGGCCCCAGGACCACGGCACCAGCCUCACCUGUCAGGUGAUGUUCCCCGCAAGUGGCGUGACCGUGGGAAGGACCAUCCAGCUCAAUGUCACCUGUGCUCCGCUAAACUCAACGAUGGGUGUCUGCCCAGGGGGAGGCCCAGGGGAACCAGGGACCAGGGCAGCAGUGGUGAAGGGGGCCGUUGCGGGUGCCGGCGUCACCAUGGGGCUUGUUCUCUGCUUCUGCCUCGUCUUCUUCAUAGCGAAGACCUGCAGGAAGAAGGCAGCCAGGACCACAGAGGGUGUGGACGACCAGCACCCCGCCCUUGGGCCAGCUCCCCUGCGUCGCCAGCAGGAGUCCCGGGACGAGGGUCCUCCGGGCCCCGCCAGCUCUGCGGGGGGCGCGCCUACCUUGGGGCUGGAUCAGGACGUGCAUUAUGCGUCCCUCGUCUUCCACGGGGUAAAGCUGCAGAAGGACACCAACCCGGAAUACACAGAGAUCGGGACCCGGUGAGGAGGUGAUGCAGCUCCCGGUCUCUGCGAGAAGGGGCCCCGCAGGCUGACGCCUGGCGACCGGACGUCUCCCUGCGGGCAGUGGGUUUCCGAACUGCUGUCUCCAGCGCUCCGCCUGGGAGGACACUGUCUUGGGCUUUGCGAUCAGAGACUCAAGGUCCCACCAGGGCGCUUCCAUUUGGGAAGAGCGGGACACCAGGCAGCCUCCUUACCCCUCUGUGUCUUGGUGUCUUGCUUUGGGGAAGGGGGUGUGAGGAGUCCAGCCUCACGGGUUUGCUGUGAGGAUUAAAUGGAAGCGUGGUUGGCAAUGAUGCAACAGAA